AUGCAUGUGACAGCUGUCGCGUGCCAUCCAAAACUCUACGAACAUUCUUCACCGCCGUGUGCCUCUCCAACGGCACAAAAAGGCAUCAUUUCUCUCCCUAACAAUGCAGCGCAGCCCUGCUCUGCGCCAUUCGUUCCGCUGGAGCCAAUAGCUACAUCGUCUCCGCCCCCCUUCUCUCACUCACGCGCUUCCCGAAAAGAUAGAUAUCUCCAGUCUAGUUACUGGCUUCUGCCGAAUUCACAAGUUGGUCCCGUUCUCACCGGUGUCAUUCGAAUGUCUUCUCUGCCACCUUUCAACAUGUCAUAUUCUUCGUCCAACAUAAUCCCGGCAAUUCCGAGAGUUAUCUCUCCCUCCCCAACUCCCUCGGAAAGGAAGGAAGAGUCGCAAGGUGGAUACUCGGGGCCUGUCACAAGAUCUGCUAGGAAGAAGAGAAUGGCAUCACAGGUGCCGAUAGACGAGGAGAUCGAUGAGGACUCGAGUAAUGAGUCAAGGAGGGCGAGAGCAAAAAGUAGGAGUUCUACGAAGAAAAAGAAACAAUCAAGCGCCAAAGCUCCUGCCACACCACCAACAACCAAACCAUCACCAAUAGCAGUAACCCCAGACAAGGAUGGAAAUGGGAAGGGAACGAACGGGUAUCUCUCCCCGUCGAGUGCCAGCCCAGGCUGGAGCUGGAGGGACAUCAGUCGAAGUCCCAGUCCACUCGGUCUUAUCCCCAUUCACAGACAAUGGCGAACUUUUGUACAUCGACAUGAGGUACCACGGAAGCUGUUACACGUCUCGAUUGGAUUCUUCACAAUCUGGCUAUAUGUUUCGGGGGUUCAGACAGACGCCAUUACCCCAUAUCUCAUGACGGCGCUAAUACCCAUCACAACAAUCGACUUCAUUCGGCACAAGUACCCCCCUCUAAAUCGACUAUACGUUCGAGUUGUCGGUUUACUGAUGCGUGAAACUGAGUAUGACGGGUGGAACGGAGUUAUCUGGUAUUUACUAGGAGCAUGGAUAGUGCUCGGCUUCUUUCCCAAGGACGUGGGUGUCAUGGGGGUACUUCUUCUAAGCUGGUGCGAUACAGCCGCAAGCACCGUGGGCCGAGCCUACGGUCGUUAUACGCCUAGGAUCAGACGCGGCAAAUCCCUCGCUGGCUCACUUGCCGCUUUCGCUGUCGGUGUGAUCACUGCAGCCUCCUUCUGGGGCUACUUGGCCCCUCGGGUGGGCCCUUUUGUGGAUAAUGUUGACUGGCCUUUUAUGUUCACAGGCACUUUGAGACUUCCAGGGGCAGUUCGGGACGCUAUUGGCUUGCCCGAUGUCCAAGGAAGCAUUACUGGAGGUCCGGCCCUGGUGGUCAUGAGUAUAUGGACUGGAUUUGUGGCAGCGGCUAGCGAGGUGGUUGAUAUCUUUGGAUGGGAUGACAACUUGACGAUACCAGUACUGAGUGGCCUGGGGAUGUGGGGUUUCUUGAAGAUAUUCGGCUAGAUGGGGGUACAUGGGGGAGGAAUGAUGCUCGGUGGCUUGGAUAGCGUAGAACAAGCCAGAUACAAUGCAGUACAGAUGGCCCAGGUCUAUGGCACGGUUGUUUUAUGGUGCGGCAGAUAUUUCUCCUAAUGUACGGCAGUAGUAAUCUGCCUUGUGGGAGACUCAUGCACGCCAUUGGCUAUAAUUGUCUUUCCCACAGCCCUACCAUGGUCAACUGCCGACGUUUAUGUUGAACCUCAGACUUCAGAGUUGAUAACUCUAGAGUUCAGACUUUAGACGGCAGACUUCAGUCUUUCAGGCU